GUUCUGCGGGGAAUGAGUGAGUGACUGUCGGUGGGGAGGAGAUCACAGACUCGGGCUCUAGUAGGGUGUGGGCGCUGGAAGAGUGUCGGUCCAGACUGUCCCAGUCAUUACCGUUGGUCCACUCCAGCUGAAAGCGGCCACAUAAACAGUUACUUGGACUGUGACAGUGUGUUUGUUCUGAGCAAGCUGUGUUCAGGACAGCUCAUCUGAGCUUCCUUCUUGUUUCUCUGCAGUGCAGCGCAGACACUUGCCCUGAGACAGUGAAGAGACUGUCCCAACACACCCUUCCCCUGGCUGGAUGUUCUGUCAGCCCUCACCUGUCGUCUUCAGGGUACAGCUGCAUCAGACGCCUCUCCCAGGACACUCCUGGUAGGGGACGAACGAUUCCGGUAGCGUGAGAGGAGAGAGGCUGCCGAGAUGGAUGACAUCUUCACUCAGUGCCGUGAAGGCAAUGCGGUAGCUGUCCGCCUCUGGUUGGACAACACAGAAAAUGACCUAAACCAGGGGGAUGAUCACGGGUUCAGUCCGUUGCACUGGGCGUGCCGUGAGGGUCGUUCGGGUGUCGUGGAUAUGCUCAUCAUGAGAGGGGCGCGCAUCAAUGUCAUGAACCGCGGAGACGACACACCCCUGCACCUGGCUGCGAGCCAUGGCCACCGUGACAUUCUGGCCAAGCUGAUCCAGUGUAAAGCAGAUACCAAUGCGGCAAACGAGCACGGCAACACCCCUCUCCAUUAUGCUUGCUUCUGGGCCCAUGACCUGGUGGCUGAGGAUUUGGUCAAUAAUGGUGCUCAGGUGAGCAUCUGCAACAAAUAUGGUGAAACUCCACUGGACAAGGCCAAACCACCGCUUGCUGCAAAUCUGAAAGAGCUGGCGGAGAAACAGGGACAGAGCCUGUCCAAAGUUCCUUUCAAGGACUCUUUCUGGAAGGGAACCACUCGAACUCGACCACGUAACGGUACACUAAACAAAACCGCGGGCAUAGAUUAUAAGCAGCUCUCCAUGCUGGCCAAGAUCAACGAGAAUCACUCUGGGGAGCUGUGGCAGGGCCGCUGGCAGGGCACAGAGAUUGUGAUCAAGAUGCUUCAUGUGCGGGACUGGACUACUAGAAAGAGCCGUGACUUCAAUGAGGAGUAUCCUAAACUAAGAAUCUUCUCCCACCCCAAUGUGUUGCCCAUGUUGGGGGCGUGUCAAGCUCCGCCCGCCCCUCAUCCAAUCAUAAUUACACACUGGAUGCCCUAUGGCUCCCUGUACAAUGUGCUUCACGAGGGGACCAACUUUGUUGUGGAUCAGACGCAGGCUGUAAAGUUUGGCCUGGAUAUAGCAUGUGGAAUGGCUUUCCUGCACACACUGGAGCCCAUGAUCCCUCGGCAUUAUCUCAACAGCAAGAGUGUCAUGAUUGACGAGGACAUGACGGCCAGGAUAAGCAUGGCAGAUGUGAAGUUCUCCUUCCAGUGUCCCGGCAGGAUGUACUCUCCCGCAUGGGUGGCACCUGAAGCCCUACAGAAGAAGCCCGAGGAGAUAAACCGGCGCUCUGCGGACAUGUGGAGCUUCGCCGUGUUGCUCUGGGAGCUCGUCACCAGAGAGGUGCCGUUCGCUGACCUCUCAAACAUGGAGAUCGGCAUGAAGGUGGCACUAGAGGGACUGCGGCCCACCAUCCCGCCGGGCAUCUCCCCCCACAUCUGCAAGCUAAUGAAGAUCUGCAUGAACGAGGACCCCGCCAAGAGGCCCAAAUUUGACAUGAUCGUGCCCAUCCUAGAGAAGAUGCAAGACAAAUGAAACAGCCCUGCAAACACUGAGUUCACAGUAUUGCCUUAAAAUUCACCACUCACCAAAGUGCUCUAUGCCACUGUAGCCCUCUGCUAAAGAAAAAAAACGCUUUGUGGAAGCGCUGUUGAACAUUUUUAAAAGCCACGUUCUCACUGUCCUAUAUUCUUACAUGCAAUCAGUGAAGAUGACGUGUGUUUGUGCAUAUAUAUGUUCAUCUGUCCUUUUUCGUGUUUUCUGGACGCUCCUCUCAGAACCCUGUUUUCUAUAGCCAUUAAACAAGAAGUGGCGGCAACGGUCUUUGGACGCAGUGAAUGUACAGUGAAAUCAGUUUUCAACUAACCACUCCCACAUUUUCUGCAUCUUUUUGCGCACUCGCUCCAUUUCUGUCAUUUUCACUCCAUCAAAGGGACGCCACCAAACUCAAAAUCUGUAUUAUUUGCAAAUGUGCAUGCAUCAGCCGCUGUUAGUAUUUAAAGCAUCGUGCCAUUGUCUUUCAACUAUGUGUUUGCUUUAGAUUGUCCUGAUAACAAAAGUCCUAUAGGCCAAGUUUGCCUGAGAUUUAUCUGUUUUUAAAAUUAAAAAAGCAGUGCAAUAAUGCAAUAGCUAAUGCCAAUUUUAUGCCUUAUCAUGUAACAAAAAAACAAACUAUGAAGUGCCCGUAAUAUCACGAUUGUACAGUCCCUCUCAUAGCAGGGAAAUACAUUGUAUAAAAACCUGAUAUGUUAGAUUAAGGUACCAUAUGCUUAAAGGAAGAGCCAUUUACACGCCACAUCAAAUGUGAGAACGUCUGUGUC